GCAUACCGACUUCCUCCCUCUCCCUCCCCCGUCGGUCGGUCCGCAUCAGCCGGCGAGCAGCUAAUAUGUCAGGCGGGAGGAUACAGUAUCACCGCCAUGAGGAGUCCGUGAGGAGCUGACUGAAAAACUUCAUUUGGAAAGUAGGCGGAUGUCGUGUGCGGUUGAUAUAGGUCGGGGAAGGAUUAGUGGAAACGGGGGACGAAGAAGCGACUCUGUUUUUUGAUGCAAUGGGAUUUGCUACUUGGCGUGAAGAGGCGGACCUAUGAGACGCUGCGAGUUCAAUAUGCUGAACCUGUACCCGGUGUUUGUAUACUGUACGUGGAAGUACAGGGACUAUUUUCUUCACGCUCACACGCAUACCCACGGAUUUUAAACAGAUAUUUGACAUCAAUUGAAGAUUGCGGAUACCUACGGUUCAAUAUUUUGCAUAUUUUUGCUCUUUUUUUGUUGUUCUGGACAGGGAAUUCCUUCAGAUAGGCUGCAUGCGCUUUGGCUGUACGUUCUCACUACAUGGUGGUUUUUUUAUUAUUAUUUAAAUUUACAUGAAGACAUGGGGGGCUUGCUUGUUUUAGCUGUAUGCACCCCCGGAACAGCCUGGAAACACAUUAGAGGCUAUUAGUUUUAUUUUGAAGGGGGUCUUCUUUCAGAGUAGUUUAACUUGUCAUUGACCCACCAUGAACUAUUAUUUUAUCGGCAUUUUUCACGCUCCUCUAAGGUGUUGUGUGAGCAGCUAGCCGGUGUAAACUAUUACACUGCGGAUUUUUUUUUAAUAUUAAAUGGUGCGUUUUUUUCCAGAGGACACCACGCAUUUCUACAUAAAAGGACUGGCAAUUUUUCAUUUUCCCUCGUGAAUCUGACGUUUUUUCGGGGUUUCCUUCCCCCCUCCAUCCUGACUCCCCAUCCCACGGAUACGAAUUGGUACAUUUUUGCCUUAUUUUCACCACCAUGAGUUACAUGCACAAGGUUUUGAAUGUAUUGCUACGUGGACUCGUCAUCUAUGCGGUACUGGGCUUGGAGUGCACUUACUCGUCUGAUGCUGCAAAUGUAGCCACCACAGGUAAGCACAUGUCGUAUGCAAGUGUCUCCAAUGUAUUUACGCAUGUUCGGUGUUACCCCCCUCUUUACCCACAUCCUCCUUUCCCAAGUGGCUUUCACGGGGAAAGCCCUACGCAGGGGGGUUUCAUGGAAAGUGAUGCAUUUUGUGUCGACUGUCACCUUCCUACCCCCCCCUCCUUACCCACCUCUGUACAUUGCCGAGGAAUGCAUGACAUGACAGGAAUGCAGGAUGCAUCCUUACAGAGGGCAUGGCUAUUAACUGGAACACAUCUGUUUGCGUGACACAGAUAUAUGUGGAAUAAAUCAGGAUAUAAGAAUACAAAAUUCGCCACUUACACUACAAUCCUAUUACAAUUUGUUACAAUCCCAAGCUUAUACAUGCUCAUCAGUAUCUUGUGUUUACAUCAGUCAUGCCGAUUAUUAUCACAAGGCCACAGGUGACCCCCCUCCCCCCAACCUCUGAAAUUCUGCUAUUGACAUACCCUAAUGAGAGCAGGAUUUCCAUGUUUGCAUCUGCUUUAACCAGGAAAUAUUGAUCAGCUGUUCGUUUAGCAGGCUUUUGUACAUGACCUUAAUCGGCUUAGUUAAACAAAGGCCCACAUGUACACGGCUAGUGGUCUAUGGUUCUGGUUUAUCAGAGGAGACUGGCAUUUUUAUCAAAUAACAGGCUUUGGUGGUCCCUAAGGGGGUAUGUGUCAUAAUACAUUAAGGCCAGUUGUUGUCAUAUUACUGUUGGUGACUUUAAACCAAGGUCAAAUAUGGUUGAUAUGACUAGUAGAUCGAUACUAAAAUGGUCAUACAUGUUGUUCUUUUUUGAAAAUAUACUUUACUUUUGCAGCACCCGUUUUUACGGCUCUUCUAUUGCCACAUUACCUGGCACGAUUAACUCCAAACAACCUCCAAAGGAUUUGAAGGACUUGUUUGACAUGUUGGGGAAUACCAAUAUUUCACUACCUUGCUAGUGGUGUGUUUCCAAGUCAAGACCAGUUACCAGGCAACUAGAGGAGAGUUAGUGGUCCCAACUAAGGUUGGGAAUUAAUAGGAUUUUAUUAAUACUAAUGUCAUUAUCAAUCCAAUUCAUUAUCAAUGCCCUUAUUGGUUCAUGUUGAAUAUCUGGAUAUCGUUUUAUUGCAGGUUUUGUAAUGUUCACUGCUCUGCUGAAAGGGUAACCUUUUAAAGGUCAGCUGGUGGUAGAUACAGCCCCUCACUGUUCCGAGUUAGACCAUAACAAAGACAGUUAUCGAACAACUGAACUCAGACGGUAUCAUUAAGUUUGUAUGACUGUUUGAGUGUGUUUUGAUCAUGAUUACUUCCUUGGUUGUGUUUUGUGCCGAUGGCCUCUUUCAGUCUGUCCUGUUAUAGUUUAGCAAGGCAACACAGAAGUAAAUGUGGGGCAGCAAUAAAGGAACUGUUGAGCAGAAAGGCAAAAGAUGUGAAGGGCUCAAACUGGUUGGAACUGGAAGUUUUUAUCGUGGUAAUUUAUGGAUUUCAGAUAUUUCAGCAUAUUUUGUCUGUUGUGUAUUUCACAUAGAUGCAUCCUGAUGUAGUGUGAGCAGUUUUGGCACAAAACUUUGGUCAAUUACAGCAUGUAAACUUCACCUUUAUUAGACUAAAUUUGAUGACAAUACUAUUAUAAAUUUUACUUGAAGAAAAGUGUUCCACGGUGUGGUAUCUGAACUUGUAUAGGUUUAUUUUCCGCAGAGUAUAGUAACAGAUGUGACUUAUUAAACUGCCCUUUAAAAUGGAGCGACAGAAGCUACAGGAUAGGUAGCUUAAAAGCUCAUUAACGCUGCAACCUUGUUAUGAGCUCUCCUUACCCCUCUGCUUUACUAACACGCACCUGAUACUCCUACUCUCAGCUCGCUCUGAAGCAGUUGCUUUUCGGCGCUCCCGGUUUUUGCUCUCAGUCGUGUUUCUUUGGUUAUAUGGAGGCCGAACUCGUAAUCGUGACUAGAGUUUGAUCAGUUGUCUAGCCCUACUUGAAGGUGGCUUUUAUUUACGUUAUUGAGAGAAAUUUCCUCGGUCUUUAUGCUAAGCUAUAGCUAACAGGUUAACUUUUCAAACCAUGUAGGAGGUUUUGCCCUUGAAACUAGUGUGUUCGUAAAAUAUUUACCUCCAGCGGAUGUCCUUCACUUUACUCUGCAAUGCUCCCUUGAAGGCAGAUUACCAGUGCUGAGUCAAACAAGGUGUCACAAAUGCAAAUAUGAGUGUUCGUUUUCUCUAACUGUGUUUAAAAAAGAAUGAGGGUAAAUUUGAAGUGUUCGUUUUGGUGUUUAUUUUUGAACUUUCAAACUUCGGGCUGUUUGUACAAAUACUAAAUGAGUUCAAACGCUGACUCAGUAGGUUAGCACCGCAAGUGAAGACACAGGACCCUCUGAAUGGAGGUGCGUACACUCAUCUUUAUAUGCAUCUUCAUUGAACCUGAACCUUCCUGUCUAACACAGCUGCUGGAGAAAGUCAUAAACCUUGUCUUAGACAGCUGUUGAGCAUUCAUGAUUGUCUGUUUACAAGCUCUUUAAAACAAACCAGGGAUGUCCUGUGCAAUAUCUAUUGAUUAUCGAGGCCUAUGACUGUGGCUCAGCUGUGUAAAAGUAGCCGAGAGACGAUGUCAGCCCACUCUCCUUGCCCUCGGUGAAGUGUGGUGGAUGCAGAGAUUGUGGUGACUCAAUACUGUGUCAGUAAACAUGACUGCAGUGUUACCCAUUUCUCAGCUGGCUGCCUCAAAAGGUCAGCUGCCUUUUUCACUAGUCUCAGUGGCAGGAGAGGAAAAUAUUAGUCUGUGUUUGUGGUUGGAUGUAGAGCUGUGAUAAAUAAUACUUGCUUUAGAAAUCCAGUUUUCUCUCGACUAUUCUGGUUAUUGAUCGAGUAAUCAAAGCCUUUUUUUCUUUCAUUCAUGUAGCCCAUAUGCAGACUUCCUUUAUAGAUGAAUCAGAUGUAGAUCUUGUAUAUUUUUUAACAUCUUCUCGGCUGCUAGAUGUGUAAUUUUUUUCUUUAACCAUCCUUCUUUAAAACUUUAGCCUGAGUUAAAAUGGUUUGGAUUGGAGACCGAUUUUGAUACCAAUAUUAGCGAGGCAAAUCCAUGGGUUACCAGCUGGUAAUUGUUGAUUAUUUACCAAUUUUCCAUGACAUUGUACAAAAGCAUGAGGGGAAGUUCAGCAAAAUCUGCUGCAGAGAUUACUGACAGUGUUGAAGACUAUCGAGCGCAGUCUGAUGUUCAAACCACAAAUUAACGCAUUCAUUGUUUUCCGCAUUUCAUAUUUUAUAGUUGCUACAGACUGUAGGUUGCCUUUAGCCCCCUAGCCAGUCAAGCUAGCUGGACCACGAGUAAUGGAAAACUGAAAACUUUAAUAUCUUCAAAACCAAUGUCUUAUAAUAAAAUUAGUCCUGGUACAAUGUUUUUUUGGGUUGUAAAAAUGUUGAAUUCUGUGCGCUCAUUUUCAGUAUAUGAUAUAGCUAGUUUGUGCGGUAUACAUUGUCUUCGUAACAUUACUACUGUCACAAAACCGUAGCAUUUUGGGUAAAUGUUUAGCAUCAUUACUUAACCACUGAAGUAGCUGAAAAAGUGGAGGCUGAAUUUGUGAUUCAAGGAUGUUAACAUGUAAAAAAUAUGGUGAUGUUGCUGAGUGAUGCAUCUAUGAGAGUGUUUUUAUUUUGCCCGCACCCACAGAAACAUGUGCACUCCAGUCAGUUUCUUUGUUGUCAUUUAUUCUGGAGUAUUUCAGCAAUUUCUAACCCUGAUAAUUGAGAUUAAAGAUGAGCCUGUAGUUACUGAGGCAGUUAAAGGUUCAAAGCUGCCAUUUAGCGUGCUGAGAGUGGUCAGUGGGCGAAGCUUUGGGGGGUUGGGUUUAACAUUUGGUGGGUCAGGCAGCUCCCUUGUGAUUCAGGAUCUUCAAAAGACAGGGCCAGUGAGAGUUUAGAGCAACGGGAAUCUAGUUUUAAAAAAGCAGAGGGUAGUGAAAGUGGAUGAUUACCCAAGUGUAUCAGCGUGGUUGUCAUAUUUGAAAGAAGUGGCCUGCUUUGUGCUCUGCACUAUUCGGAAAUGUCACUUUUUAAUCUCACAUAUAAAUACCAAAAGUAUCCAAAUACACUUGGCUCAUGGCUCUUUUUUUUCUUACAGCCAAAGCCAGUUGUCAUCAGAUUCUGCACUACCCAACGCAUCUUUAUCAAGAUCUAGGCAAGGUGUGCCGUCCAAAAAUAGACAAACUUUAUCUUUUAGGAAGUUCCUUCAUCUCGAGGAAAAACAAAGAAAAUCAGGAGCUGACUCGGCCGUUGAAGCCGGUGUUUGAGAAAACCAGUUGCACAUGAUUUGUAUUGAGCUUGAGCACAAGAUUUUCAUUGUGUUUCUAACACACAUGACGACGAUGUUGAACUUGAAUGACCCUGCAGGGAGCCGUUUUUGUGUGCUGGUGUUAAACUUAAUUCUCAGUCUAUCUCAGUGGGAAUAACUGGACGUUUCAGGUCUUCGUCAUAUCUGGUCAUCACUUGUUUUGAUUCUUCUGAGGUCUUUUUCUUCUGUUAUUGCACAGAUACUUGCUUGCGUUGCAGUAUGCACGAAAUGAUGAUAAAUAAUGAACUUGGGCCUGAUUCCAGACCAGGUUUAAACAAUAAGAAUCAUAAAUCAUUCCUGUGGGAAAGAAAGAAAGCGUAUUACAUGGAGAAAGUAAACAAAAAGAGACAUUUGUUUAGGAGGAUGGGUUGAGUGGCGAUGCGAACGUGGUCUUCCUCGGUUUUAAUAGUGUUGUGUAUUUAGCUUGUGUGGCGUUUCAACAAACAAAGCCCUCCCCCCCUGUCCGCAAGGAACAUCCAGUCCUCAAAUAAUGUGCCUGCUGGAUGAUAGUCGUCUCAGAUAUAGAGCUCUCAUUUAGCAUAAGCUUUACAUAACUUACAGAUGCUGAAACUGGCCGCUGUAGGUUACAUUACACAGUCUCAAAUGAAGCAAAGCAAACACGAGUUGAUCUUUCUCUCGCCCUGCAUGUCACGUACUGAAACUCGACAUGAGACACUUACUAGGAUUUCACUCUGAGCUAAGUUUGGUGGGAAUUCACAGACUAUUGCUCUGUUUGUGUAGCUAAAUCAGAGGUUAUAUUGACUAUCUCAGGGCAGAGCGGCUGCAUUAAGUAAGAGAUUUGUUUAGAAAGGAGGUUCAACAUUUAGUUAUCUCACCAGUGCUUGCUUCAAGUACUGCAGGGAGCACAGGAAUUUGCAUUUUGUGAUACUUCCGCCGUCGUCGCCGCUGCUGGCUGGCUCUCGUUCUAUCAAACCAACACACGCUUGAGGAAGCCCAGGCUCUCCUACUUACAGUGGUGUUGGAGAGUUUUGGGUUCACUCCGAGGGCUAACAAGUGACAGAGUGUCAGGGUGAACGUGGAGUGAGUCAUAAUGUCCUGGUUCUGUGGUGUGCAGCUUAACAGGCAAAGCAAUUUCCUCUCCUUGACUGGAACAGAUUGUUCUGAAGGGUUCUUCACGAGCCUAUUGAAAAAAAAAAAGGCUUUGUGCUGGAGGGAGAAUUCAGGUUUAAAUCCACGAGAAAUGAGCUUCAUGCCUUUAAACAAACUGACACUCUGAAUAGUUUUACAUUUGAUGACUAACAGCACGUUAUGUAAUUUCUGAUGACAGGGAUUUCUCACUCCAACAAGGAACAAAAAAGUUGUUCGCUGACCCACUUAAGUCGUAUGAGAGCGUGGGGGUAUUUGUCUUCAUUGUAAAAAAAAAAAAAUCACUGCAGAGGAAAAUCGAUCAUGCACCAGUCAGCCAGUCAGUUAUACACGGAUUAUCAUGGUUGAGGUAGUGUAGUUAGUUUUAUUCACAUUAAUUAAGACUUUUCUAUGUUGACGAUUUCUCAAUUCUUGAGAUCUCUUAAAAUCUCAAAAUUGCAAAAAGAGACACUUUCAGGUAGGGGUGUUACGAUACAACUAUUUUACUUCCGAUAUGAUAUCGAUAUGAUAUCGAUAUUGUAACCUUUAGUAUACCGAUAUUGAUCCGAUAUUAGCAAUGACUUGUGCAUGACAAGUUUUGCACUCAGCUGCACCGUCUUUUUCGGACUUUAACGAAAAACAUUGCCACAUGGCCGAGAUCACUCCUUCUCCUCGCUACUUUGUUAGUACCUCAGUACACACUGUUGUUGUGAUCAUGUGGGCUCUGCACACUGGAUCCAGGCACUGCUAGAUAGAGGUGCUGGAGGAGAGUCUGGAAUGGACUGCUUGUGUCGGAGUGCUGAUAUUGUAGGGUGACCAUACGUCCUCUUUUACCCAACCAUGUCCUCUUUUUUGGGGGCUGUCUGGCCUUGUCCGGCUUUGUCUGGGAGAGUUUACAAAAUCCGUUGAAUGUCCGGGGUUUUGUCUUAAAGUUUCGAGUCUGAGAUGCAUGGACUUACUGAGUUAGAAGCAUGUAAAAGACACUUGAUCCGACCUGAAAACUCUCACGUAGUGGUGUUCUCUUUCUGGGGAUUCAGAAUAUGGUCAUCCUAUGAUUUUGGAGAUUUUAGAUGCGGGCUGAUAUAAUCCGAUAUUAAUCUUUUUUGCUGAUAUCUGACCAAUAUCCAAUAUCAACAUCAGAUGGGGACAUCCCAACUUUCAGGCACUCACCCCAAGGUUUGCCACAGUUUGGUGAAGUCAAGCUACGGCUUUAGCUCAAUCAAGUGAUUCAACUAGACGACUCUCCUAGCACCAGUCAAGAGCUGAUGUGUUGACAAAAGUAUGUCUGCUUCAGCUGGCUACCAUUGGACUGUCUCCUAGUUGAGUCUCCUAGUAUUGUGUCCCAUACCGAGAUAAAAUAACCAAAAAUAGGCUGUCCGGUAAUGCAAACUGUGGAGCGUAUGCAGGAUGUUUAUGCUAGUUUAUGCUAAACAUUCAUGAGAAUAAUGAUCCUCGACUACAAUAUCAACAUUGUGUGAAAGUUCCUCACAGUUAAAAACCAACACCACAGUUUCUCUAAGCUGACAAAUGCUAAAACGUCCAGUAGUCCAAUCGUCCUUCCAAGUAUCUUUUCAUGGAUUGCAACUUUGAAUUUGGGUCCAGUCUUAUUGCUCCAACCCAAAUCAGGCACCUGUUUAUGAUGGAGCCACUUUAACCUACCUCACCACUACCUAAUAGCAAAGGAGCAGCAAACACAGUGAGACACAAAAAGGCAAAUAUUUUAAAGAAGGAGCUAAUAUUGGGUGUAGGAUUAUUCGAUGGUCAGGAACCAAGCUUCAAACUCAGCAGCUAAGUUUCUCUGUAGUUGGUAGUUAAAUGAGGAAUUGAUCAGUUUUGCAUUUGACAAAUCCAUGAAUUGACAACAGCAGAAUAGCUUGUUCCUGCUGCUCACAAGUAUCCAUAAAAAAGGUGUCAGUUAUUACUUCCUUCUCUAAAAAUAUGUGUGCCAGAUAGGGGCAUGAUUCCAGUUAUAGAUCAUUCAUAACCCCAAAGGAAGGACCGGAUUUGCAUCUCCGUCCUGCCGCUGCUCACCCGCCCUGUCGGCCACCUCCAAAAGUGGACAGCUGCUGCCCAGCUCAAUCAGGGGCUUUGGGGUUGGAUCUAACCUAAUGAAGCCAGUCACCAAUCAGAACAGAGUCCCCUCUGGUGUAUUUAUAAAGCCAGUGGUGAAGUUUUCCAUGUGUAUUUUCCAUCACUGCUGACCCAGUCCUGACAUUGAUGCAGUGGGUUCAGAUUGUUCCUUAUUAUUUCGGAGAUGAGUCACCGGCGCACUGGGCCAGUUUUGCUUUGAAGGUGGCUCACGGGGGAGAUAAUGGGGCUUUAUUUAAUGAUUUAGCCUGCUGUGCCAUGGAUACUGGUGGUAGCAGACAAUCGGCUGGUAUGAAGUCAUCGUCAAGUUCAGUUCAGGAGCUCGAGUCUGUUUUCCAUGAUUGAGAUUGAAAAUGUAAUACCGACUACUUACGGCCUAAUUUGGACUUUCUGCUCAUAAGACGAAUCUCUGUUUCACUUUCUCUGGUUUCCAAUGCACAACAGUGUGUUUGAGAUAAUUCAUUCACAAGCGGACCACACAGCAGACAGUAAGCUGAUUCACUCAUGCAGAAAGCGCCACAGUAAGAGAUGUAGGUCACUGUGCUCAGCUGUAAACUGUUUCCUGCUGCAAGUGGCCUACUGUAGCAGAACUGUCCCCCCUUGUCCUGUCCUGUCCAGUCCAGUCCAGUCCAGAGGGGGUCUAUUGUCGAUCUGCCUCGCCACACUCAAAGGUGUUGAUCCUCCGAGCUGGCGAUGCACGGGUUGUUUGGCUGGAGGAGCCUUUGAUACAAACAAGCUGGAAACACACAGUGCGGGUAAUGGCCUGUUUACAGUUUGAAGCCUCCCUUAUAGGGAAGGAGUAGAUCUGAAGUGUCUUGUUUUCAGAGACUACGCAGUUCAGGGAUUUACUGCGGGGAUCGCUGUCGGAGGCAUCCCUAAAAUCCAGGUAUAAAUCGGCUGCUCCGGCUCUAAACGUCUGCAGAAUAAAAGACUAAUGGGGUCACAGCCUCCUCCUGUUAUGAGAGUGUCUUCCUACUGUGAUAAUACUUGUCACCUUAACACAGGAAGAAGCCAUUGCCAUGCCCUUCACUGAAGCCUAAAACUGUCACUGUGGCUUUCUUCCUUUGCAUGCCUAAUCACUUGCACAGAAGAGAGGCUUUACUUCCCCUUAUUUCAAUGCAAACUGUAAAAAAAAUGGUUGUUUUUCGGCCUUGUUUGGAAAUCAGGAGCUUUCACAAUAUCCAUGUUUGAUUACAUGGCGAAUAGAUCCACGUAUAUGUUUAUGUUUGGCAUUUAAAUUUAGUCAUUAGAGGCGAGACGCCGUCCCCUCUGAUUACAGGGACUUUCCCUUGGCAAAGGGCACGUGAUGAGAUGGCCUGGGCAAGAGGGGCAAGAGGUGGUGUGGAUUUCUCCGGCAUGCUAUCCCCUCUGAAGUCUGCCAUCACUAACAUUUACACUUUAACCCACCCUCAUGACAAACUAAUAGAGACAAACAUGAAAUUUGAUAAGAAGGAGAAACCGACAUUUUGUCGAGGUUUUAGGUGCUGGGAUGCAAGACUUCGUGACGGUUUGAUUUCAUGCUUGACGGACGACAAUUUUCUGAAUGAGUCAGGUGUAAUGUAUAGUGAGCAGGUGGUUCUGGGAGUUUGAAUCCCUUCAGCAACCUUACCUGAUAGUUAACAUGCUCCUGUGUGUUUGAUACUCUCUCCCUGUGUUUCUUUGUAAGUUGACGAGGCCCGAUCCUCCCGACACAGCAGGAAAAUGAAACAUAACCCUACUGUAGAGCCGACACCUGAGCUGUUUUGUCUGGGUGGGCCCCUGUCGGCUGCGAUGACUUGCUAAUCUGUCUUAGUGCCGCUAACAGUAGCAUGUCCGGACAAACAGGUGGGUUCUCGGGAUCCACUUGACCUUGCCUUGAGCUGGUCCAUGAAGGGGUUUGUAUUACACAUCAAAGGACUUGAUAACAACAGUGAGUUUUAUUAGUUUUUUUUUAACAAGUCGGUCAAAAAGUCAUCAAAAGUUCAGCCUAUCUUUGUGCACAUGGUUUGUUUUUUUCAAAGACAGCCGUUAACGUUUAUUAGCGGCAGUUGAUCAUCUCUAGAAUUGCUCAGUUGUUGGUGUUGAAUGUAAUGUGUUGACAUCUGUCUUUGUGCUGCCGCAGCUAAUCCUCUCAAACUUGCGCAACCCAGUUGCCUCCUUUUGUUCAGAUUUGUUGGGCGUCUUUAUUUGGAUUCCAGUGUGUGAAUUUACUUUGCUUUUGUCUGGAGUGUGUCGCUUUAUUCUUAGCCUCAGCAGACGUCCAUAUUUAGGUACACGAAGUUAAAAAAAAAAGCCCUCUACCAGAAUCCUGUCAAACAGGAAGGUAAAGACACACACAGGAAGCUGGCAGAGAGCCAGAACUGCUGUCUGCUGUCAGCUUCAAAUCCUCAGACCGAGACAUUCCCAUGCUAAGACUUUUGACGGAGGUGUCCAAAACCAUUACGUUCAUCCUUCAGUGCCGGGUUUCAAAGUGAGUCUAAUACCUGGAUCCCUUCCCGCUGAGUAUACAGACUUGUUUUGUCAAACCUUGUGGGUUUAAAGGUAGCAGGAAAGCUGGAACAGGCUGUUCUCGGUGUUCCUCUCUUUCACAUAAAUGUCAUUUUAAAUCUCCAUUUCAAGGCCACGCAGAGGUCUGAGCCGAGGAUUUUGACAGUCCAGAUAUUUUACAAUUUGCACACCUCUAAAGAGAUGCUGCGGUGAUGUAAGAUCCUACAAGAUAUAAACCUCAGUAACAAUAAAUCUUCCACUGAGCUGGAGCUGUGUGCAGGGUUCGGUUUCUUUUUAACUGCUCUUCACCUGCUUGUUUUCAUGGUGCAAAUAUUUUCCCAUCAAGGUUGUCAUGCCGCUUAUGAGAUCGGGCUUCUCUUUUACGACAGCGCACCUGUAAUGUGAUGCUUCAUGUUUAAAAGAGAGAAAUAAAUGGAGCUUUGCCACUAGUUCCCCUAUUUCAGUCACUAGAGUUUUAUCUGUAACCGAGCACACACUCCUGAAACCAUCUCUUCAUAUUUAUCGUAGAAAUUACAAAUAAAUGAUCAUUGAUUUCUAAACCUUAUUAAAGUUUGCUCAAUCGGAGUUAAGUAUAAGAAAUUUAUUGAUCCCCAAAGGAAAAUUCAUCUGUCUUGAAUCUCAUUUCAUCUACUAUUUAUAGAAAAAAAAAAGAAGUCUGAUGUUCUUUGGUACAUAAGAUCGUAUGAAUCUCUUCGUCCUGCAUUGAAAAGAGAGGAACCGUCCACUUUGUUUUUAAACAGAAUUCUGAUUCUGUAUCCUAGCAACAGUAUCAUAGAGAAAAUCACACGGAACUUCAGCCUUUGCCUUGGGUGGGAUGCAUACAAGUAUUGUUAUGAUGUGACUGAACUCCAUGUGCUGCGUUCCAGUUACCUCGGAAGUUGGAUGUUUGCGCUUGGAAUGACGUUACACCUGAAUUGAUAGUGUUCCAGGUAACAAGUUAGAAAACCAAGAUGGACGCCUAUAGUUACCAGUUGUUAGCCGUUGUUAGUUGUUGUUGUUAGCGAUACCACUUGUAAACAACGCAUAACGCAGUAUUUUCCUCUUACAAACACCAUAGCACCGUGUUCACAGUUAGAUGUUGGGCAGUACAACAUAUUCCACUUAUUUAAUUUCACAAAAACAAAACAGAAGUGCUAAUAAAUAAUACAUUACGGGGUCUUUCACUGUUAAUGUUCACUGUUGAUGCACUGUGCUGCCAUCUUGGAUUAUGAUGUUGUCGUCAAGUCGGGGUUGGUGAGGAUUGUCCAACUUUCGAGUCCAAAAUCCAACUACAGGGGGGUGUUCCAGAUGAAUUUCCAACUCGCAGCUUGGAAAUUCCGACUUCCGAGUACAACUGGAACGCAGCAUUUGUAUGGCCAAAUUGAAUUAAAAUAAGUUAGCUGAUACUGAAACAGACUUAGAAACAGAUUUUUUUUGACCUGAAACAGAAAAUCGCACCAUCAGUGAAAAUAUUCUGUCCUAUUAUGUUCAGUGUCUUAAAUGUAAUAGAAAAUCCCUCAUAGGAGCUUUAAGAGGAUGGCUAUUGUGAUUGAUUGAGACAUGGUAGAGGGUAUUCAUUCUUUCGUGUGGUCCUCUGGUACAAAGUGACCAAGAUACUAAAUCCUUAACUGGUGACUUUGAGGACCCAGAACACAAUUUAUAAAUUCAAAUGUCACAGCUGUUGUUUGCUUGCACACAUCUGGUUUUCAUGUUCCUAUUCUCUGGAGUUAUUUGCUCGACCAACUUAACCUUUAACCAAAAGGCUAGAGAACUUUAAGUUUUCAAACCCUGAGAGGGAUACGUCUCCAAACUGAAGCUGGAAAGUCCUAACCCUCAGUUCUCCUUUCAUGAGGCAGUGACAAAGAUGAGGAACACUUAAUCCUGUUUGGGGUUAUCUAAGCUGCAUCCUUUACACAUAUCAUUUAAAGUUACAUAACCUCUUUGUUCAUUAAUUCUUCUCUUUGAGUAUUGGUGCUGUUGGAGUGCCGGUCGUCAUACUUCAGUAUGAGAUAGCGAAGUUGGCCUUUCGUCGUCCAUUGUAAAUUUUGUACAACAAAGCGUGUGAUAUAUUUCUCAGCUCAGCCACCUGCACUCUCCUCGCUCUCCACGGACACACAAUCCAUUAACCUUUCAUCCAGAGGAGCAUAUCGAAGGCCGUGUGAGCUAAUUAAACAAGUAUUUCUUGUCUUCAUGUUCUCCGAUCCUGCUCCUCUUCACAUUUAUCACCCGUCUCGUGUUUGGGGCUGUUACUGAAGCAUUCCUCAGACGCCCGAGUGCAAAGAGCGUCUCCUUUUCUGGAAGUUCUUGCGUCCGAUUUGGUGGGCUUACACGCGUUUCGCUCUUGUUGCCCCCCUCCUCCUCCUCCUCUAAGCUUGUGGCCUAAGCAGAGGAUUACUGAUGCCCAUUAAGGUGGUUAAUGUGAAAGUGAAAAUGACGGGGUUCAUAAGGUCAAAGACAAAGAGUUCACUUAUCGAAUCAAAGAUGGAGGACGGCCUUUGAUCGGCUGAGUUUACUUUGAAGAAGAGCAAACUCUCGAGGACCCUGUGGAGUUUCUUUUUUCGGUAAACAAACAGAGCGAAUGUUUACAGUCAGUGUUUCUUCUCAAACAGAACCUCUCGUAAAACAUGGCUCCGAGCUUUCAGGGACACCUUUAACCUACUCUUUGAAGCCUGAAUGAAUGAGCGGACCCACCUCCACCUGCUUUGUUUGCACUACCUCCUGCUGCUGCCGUCUGUAAAUUAGAGUUCAGGGUGGAUCUGGUUUCGUUUGGACUUGUCUGAAGCAGCGACAUAUGUGGCUUAGUGUGUUAAGUUUUGAAAGACUUUGUUUUGGCUGGAGACGCGGCUCUGUCUCCACGUAGAUGUUUUGAAUCAUGUUCAUCUAAAAAAACUCUGACACGAGUGCACGUCUCUGUUCUUUUCCUGUCUGCUUAUUGAGAAUUUAGCAGAAACACAUUAUUCCUGCCGUGCCCUCGGGCACCCCGGUGAGAUAGAAAAGCUCGCCCGUCAACAAAGCAGCAGCUCCAACUGAAAAACCAAAAGAGAUGGCUUUAAUUUCUGCGAGUGGAUCCACUUCAAGAAAAGGACUUGUUUGAUUUCUGGAUCGAGACGUCGGCUGUCAGAGUCUUCCUCCCCCUCCUGCUGGCUAACUUUAUUAAAGCUGGCAAACCUUUAUUUAUUUAUUUAUUUUAAGUGAACCGAGUUAUUUCCAAAACUCCCUUUCUCCUCACUCCCUCCUUGCGGUAGCUGGUGGCGUUUGCAGGCGGCUAAUGAUAUUUGUGUCUUAUUAAUGGCUGCUGAUGAGCUGAAAUGGAAGACUCCCCACAAGCUUUAUUUACUCGCCUUUAAUACUGACCCGUCACUUUGACUUAUGACACUGCCAUAUGGGCGCUGGUUACAGGGGAUGAGUCUGGUACGCAUGGACAUAUCCCCGCUCCCCCCUCCCUUCAUUUCUAUGCAGUUUGGAGCUCUGACUCGACGACUGGAUGCUCCGAAAUCUAGAUUUGUACUUGGGGUCAAAAAUGAAAAGUUCACAAAAACAUCACCUCUGAGGCGAUUAAAAAAUUCAGGAGUUUAUGACGCAUACUUAACAUAUCCCCCAUCAUCCAUAUGGUAAGAGCAUACAUCAUAAAUGUGUGCAAGUUGAUAAGGGUUUGGCACGGCGCCUGUUGAACUAAUGAACUGCUGACACGGCCGACAUGUUUGCAGAAACGUUCACCCCUCGGUGCACCUGCACAGCCGAGUGACUUGACUUGUAGCCGCUGUUGUGGGGGUCAUGUAGCGAAUAAUCAGACUCGAGGACUGAAAAGGUUCCGGGCUGAGUGUCGGUACGGCCUCUGAGGUAGACGGCAGCUCUGAGACCCGGCUUUGUCGCCGACUUGGCCCUGGGAUUGCCGGGCUGGAGUAUCUCAGUGACAUUGAUUAGCGGCUUUGACAUUCUUGAAAUUUCCUGACAUGUAUAGAUUUCAAGCAGGCGACUCUGUGUCAGCUGAGGUUUUUCAUGUUUCAGAUUCAUAACAGGACAUUGAGUGCUGAUGAAUUUUAACACAGGGAAUAGAAAGGUUUCUAUUUUAGCGACGUAUUCACAAAACCCCAAAAAUCAAGUCUAUAGCCUCUUACUCACUUGUCUAAUUUCAACAUUGUACCUUCUGUGUUUUUAAUCGAGUUUUAUAAACUGGUUGUCAGAUAGGAUUUAAAUGCAGUAACAUAUAUCUUUACUUUCAUUAUAUCAACUUUGAUGUCUCAAUACUUUGGUGAGGAUUGACGGUUUGUCCACUGGAACAAGACUCAAUAAAUCUAACUUAAGUUUAGACCGCUCCAAAAAUAGAAGUUCACACCUCGGUGAUUUGAAAGCAGAGGCCCGGUCUUGUUGAAAUGUUGCUCCAAAAGUGGUUUUUGUUUAUGUCAAGACUAAUUUCACAAACUUCUAUUUCCAUUUUACUUUCUUUGAUGUCUCAGUAAUUGAAAGUCAAAGUUCAAUUAUUUUUUUAGCUUAUUGGAAAAAAGAGAGACUUUGAUUUGGGCGAUUCCCAAAAUUAAGAUUGACCUGACUGCUGGUUGAAAUAAUGGCUCAAGUACUUUUUCUGUUCCGGGCAUUGAUGAAGGUCGCUCUGAAUUGAAAAUGUGGACCCUGAUAAACUGGGAUUAGAUCGUCAUGUAAUCAAGAGUGUGAUUUUUGGAAAAUAUUGUAUCUGAAAUUAAACCAACAGUAAAAAACUUCAUGAAUCCUCUGGAUGAACCACCUCUGCUGCGCUCACACGGUCAUUUGCUGCGUGUUCUUGGCAUGUUUGGGAGGCACAAGGUUGAAAGACAAUCCCAAGUGAACAACUUCUCUCUCCCUUUUAGGUGUUUUCCUGAAGUCAUCUUGUUUUGAAUCGAUUUCCAAUUCCGAACCUGACCCAAUUAAAUCAAGCAGCUGCUUUUAUCUGCGAGUAUCUGAGAUUUGUUCUCUGAAACACAGCGGGCUGAAACUUCUCUCAUCUGUUUUAGCGAACAGCGUGUUCUCAAAACCGCUUCUCCCCGUCUACUUUUAACUACGAGUCACCUCCACGCAGACACCAAGGAGCCCGUAUGAAUACGUGUCUUAUGCCUUGUUUUCUGAUAUGUCUGUACUCAAGUUAAGACAAUGUAAGAGCAGGAAACAGCAAAGGGCUCAAAGGAAUCUCGUGCAAGUCUGCGGGUAAGAAGAGGCCACUCGGCUCCCCAGAGUCGCACGUCAAACCCAUCACAUCCCGCUGUCUUCAUUCAGUGUCGCCUCUGCCCACACCUACAAGCUCCCCUCCCUCCUUCCGCCUGGAUACUCUUACACCCAAUCCCACCCAGGAUUAGGUUCAGAGUGAGGCGGGGGUAAACGGGGGAGAGCUCAAUGUGUGGGUUAAGGGCGCUGACAUUGAGGCUCUACUGCUGGAGCUCUUAGACCGAGUCAUUGGUGUCUUCUACUGGACUCGUCAAGAUCUAAGAUUAAGAUAUAAUCUAGUAAAAUCCAGGAUCCUGAGGGUUUGUCUUGUGAUGGAAAAAGCACGACUUCUAUAAUUUAUUCCACCUUUAAAAGCUUUUUAUGACAUCUGACUAAAAAUUCAAACUAAAUUUUGUCAUUGCUAAAACACGUCUUUGCUGCCCAAUCCAGAUGUCAGCUUACACAUCUAGACGGCGUAAAAUGAGGCUCAAUUUCUGAUUGUUUUCUUGUUUUUUUCCCUAUAACAAAGGGAUGAAAUCUAGCAGGAAUUGUCCUUUAAAUUUAUUGUUGAAAAUACAGUCCUAUCAUACCUCUGAUCUUAGAAAUCAAAAGCAGAAAAACAAAGUUUUCUCCUGAGCUGUCACUUCAGUCACAUUAACCGCUUCAAACAUCGUACGAAAAUGUUUAUCUGACACCCUGUGAAGACGCCAUUCUCGUAUACGUGACCGCACCCAGAAUGCACUGGGGUUAGGAUUCUGGGUCUGCUAAAUCUAUUCAGUCACAUAGAUUAAAAGACGUCUAAGACGUCUCUGGGGAUCAGGUUCAAGGAAGUCCCCCAAAAAGUCUCCACUCACACAUCAGGCGCAAACUCCUGGCUGUCCGCGUCUCCCGUCAACUUCUGAGCAGCUUUCCGUGGAAUUAAAGACAAAAACGUUUUAAUCACAUGCGUAUAUCGAGCUCUAAAAAAAAAUUCAAGCAUCAGGAUUCACUUUAAAGAGAGCAGCUGACAGCUAAACGCUUUUGUUAUCAGGUUCUUUUGAUCCAAACUUGCCGCCCUCUGUGACAGCCUGCACACAGUUGUUAGUUAUGGCAGAGUGAGUUAUUGUAAAACAGUUUUUCCUCUUGUGUGUGUGUGUGCCUGCUCUGUCUGUCUGUGUGUGUGUCAGUGUGUGUGUGUUAUAAGCUAGGGAGACCUCUGCCAUUGUUGGGCUUUUACAUCCUGACAACCGGGAGCCUGACGAGGUUAAAAAUAACCCAGCGCUUUCCAAUUUUGUCAUCUUUUGGGACCACGUCUCCCGGCUGUUUUGAUUCGGCGUGCGUCCCCCUGGAAUGCUUGGGGUCACCGACGGCCACUUCCUGUCACAUGGUGCCUCAUUGUAGUGCUCUCGACUGUCCCUAAACAUACUCAAACAUACUUAAAAAAAAAAUAGGCCACCAGGGAGGGAGAGGCCUGUCAUAUUUCUGAAUCGCACACUGGGUGGCCCAGCGUAAAUGCUGUCAGUGAAUGACAGCAUUUUAUUUUUUGUGUUUUAUCUUCAAAUUAUCCGUUCGUCUGUGAUCUAAAGAAGAAAAGUUGGUGCGUGAAGGCUUUUGCACACAUGCAGAACAGAACUAGGCCACCGGUAUGGGAAAAAAACGACGAUAAAAAAAGUUAAACAUGGAAAAGUUGUUAGUAAAGGUGUACUUUUAUUAACUCUGAAGUCUUCGAAAGCCUUUCAAGUCUGAAGGGAUUCACAAAGAAAGUGCAGACAUUUCUGUGUGUGUUUGUGUGUAUGUAAAACUCAAGUCAAGUAUGAGAGUUUUGCCUGUUUAGGUAACCAAACAGCCAAAUUGAUAUGCGUGCUAUGCAAACAAAGGGCUAUGUAAACUGCACUGGCGAGCUAAGCAAAUGAAUUAUGCAACCGGUUCUCGAGCAUCAGAUGCUUUUCUGGCUGCGGACACACACUAACACACACACAGCUGAUAUGAAGGGGUGUAUUAUGUUGUUGUAAUCUUCCCUGUAAUAGAUUGAUUUGCAUUUCGUUCUAAGUGGUUAUCUUAAAGAGCAGACUCGGUUUAUGCCCUGCGUUUUCUGCUUUGUAUCCGACAUCAUGCACUUCAGUGUUCAUGACUGAAACCUCAGUAACCUUUCCUGUACUCUUUCACCUUUUUCCACAGUUUUCCUGCAAACAAACUAACAUGAAAUGUACAGUUCUGGAUUCACUGAGGUUUUCUCACCCCGUACUUCACCCUGCGUCUCAAGCGGCUGACACUCGUGAUUUAGUCUGAGCUGAAGUUUGUUUGGAAACAUCUGCUUUCGAGACUGUUUGUUCCCUUUAGAUACUCUUCAACACACCAACUUGACUCCAUAAUCAUAUCAAGGAUAUGAUUACCUUUAUUUCUCAAGAGUUUGAGAUUGGAGCCAAAUCGGCUAUAGAGCAACAGUUAGCUAUCGAAAAAUAACACACCACUGAGAUUGGAGCCGUGUCCUUAGCAACAGUGAAGCAACGGUCCGCUAUAGAAAAAUAACACACCGCUGAGAUUGGAGCCACAUCCUUAGCAAAGGUGUGAUCCUCAUAGUAUCAGUCUGCUAUAGAGAAAUAACACACUAUUAAGAUCGGAGCUGUAUCCUUAGCAACAGGGUGUUCCUUAUAGCAACGGUCUGCUAUAGAGAAAUAACACACCAUUAAGAUCGAAGCUGUAUCCUUAGCAACAGGGUGUUCCUUAUAGCAGUGGUCUGUUUUACAGAAGUAACACACCGCUGAGAUCGGAGCCGCAUCCUUAGCAACUAUUGCAGCAGUCUGCUAUAGAGAAAUAACACAUCAGUGAGAUUGGAGCCACAUCCUUAGCAACAGUGUGUUCCUCAUAGCAACGGUCUGCUAUAGAGAAAUAACACACCGAUGUCAAGUUGUCAAGUUUAAAUCACGUAUUAAACUUUGCCAAAGUAAGCGAUGAUGUAUGGGGAGCAACAGUUAAUUUCAACAGUUAAAUCGUUGCAGUGUUGUCACACUUAUCUGAGUGAUUUUCUUGCAGUAGCAGCUCAGUCGAAACAGAAGUGGAGUUUUUAAAAGGCUAAUCUAGUCUCAGCCUGCCGUGUGAUACAGUUAGCCUGUGGUACAGUACUGCUGUGAAGCCCUUUGCCAAACGCUGGCAUCUUCAUUUGAAAUGGACAUCCUCCCCUGUGUCCUGUCAUCCAAACUUAGCUGCAGGCACACAUCCAAUCAAACGUCUUCUUUUGCUUCUUCUGUAGUUUGCCAAGUGGCAACUCUAUAACAGACGUGUGAAGUGUUGUUACAGUAAACAGACCCUACAUCAAAAACUCCAGAAGAGGUCUUGUAGAUAAAUCAAAGUUUGUAUUAGGGUGCCGGCAGCAGCUUUGUAUUUACUGUACAAAAAGAGGUCUGUCUCAGUUUUCAGGAUUUUAAAUGUGGAAUUGAGUUUACUCUUUUAUAAAGAUUGUUAAACUUUAAAAAUAAACAUUAAAAUUUGAUUUUUGGUGCACUUUUGAAAACAUAUGUACCACUAUGUGAAGACUGGCCCCAGUCACUCCCCUUGUCUCUUGUUGAUGUUGUUUCAUUAUCUUGAUUUUCAUCACUGAGAUUCUUCCUUUGAUUAACCAACACUAUCCGCUGCCAGCAGCGAUUAAAGGCCUGGAGCAUGUGUUUGGGUGUGUGUGUGUUGCUCUCUCACUUGUUGUUUGGGUGGUGUUGUGUCUCCCUUUGCUGCUCCCGGACUUUGUGUUCUGAUUGAAACUAUUGCCAAACAGGGAGCAUCAUUAUUUGUCAGGCUUGGCACGACUUAAAUUGACAUCAAAUGGUCAAAAAGUGAUAACUCUGUUUUUCUGUUUCCAGGAAUAUAAGUGACGUAUUUACAGUUGGGUCUUAAAUCUUCCUAAAAUGAGAUUUUAUGUUGUAUGUAUCUGUUGAAGUGUGUGUUUCUGUGGUUAUGAGUGUGUGUUUUGUGGCUCCGCUAAGACAGUUUGGAAACUUGCCAGCUCAAACUGUCCAAGACUUGGAGGGCUGGAAGUAAUGGGCUCAACUCCCUAGAGGGAAAAGGAGGAGGGGGGGACCGAAUAAAAACAAGUGAGGGGGAUGCCUGGGGACACUCUGGGAAUGACAACACCACUCAAAGGAGUCCUGGAGGAACACAGAGAGCCUCAGACCCAUCUAAUAACUCGUGCCUUUUCCAAAUAACACAAGGAAGUGGCAGGCUUUUUAAUAAAUGCCUGGAGUGCAGGUGUGGUCAUUUCCCAGGUGACAUUUAGAGGCACAUUAAACCGCCUGUAAUCGGAAAAUGAGGCUUCAAGAAUUCUCCUACAGUCAGAGGAAAAGGCACAAAAAGGUGCUUUGUUGGCAUUUGCAUGUUUAUAUUCUUUCCUUCCAGACAACAGCGGCAAUAAAGUUUCUUUGCAGGGUCUAGAAACCUGUUAGAAAAUCACUGAUGGCUGGGGAUUUUAUAGUUUUAGCCACUAAAACUACAAUCUGAAUUCAGACUCCAUGGAUAGUCCAAAGAAAUACUCGCAAAAUAGUCAAAGUUUAGCCGUGUUUUUUGAGUCGUAGCUCAAAGUGAAUCUUUCAUUACACAACAAAACAGUAUUGUGUAAUUUUCAGGGCUGAGAUUUGUUUUGCAUGUCACGAUCACAUCAUCCUCAGGUAUCCCAUUUGCAGUCAGUGUUUUUGUUUUCACUCUCGGCGAGAAUGUCGUUAGGAAUGUAAACUUUCCAGCACAUGUGAGUCCAAAUAUGCAGCUAGCCUGUAAUGAUUCAUUCAACAACGAUUCAUGGAAGUCCUGGUAUGUUUUUCUUCGCCUCUUUGCUGUUUGUGUUUUUGCUCAUCUGAAGUUGACGAUUACAUCCUCACCCUGCGGAGCUCCCCCCCCCCCUGAAGCCAAUGUUUGCUCUCAUGGACGAUGAGUGGUUAUGCAGAUUUGUCCUGUUUGUUCCUGACAAGUAGUAACUGGACAUGUAAUCGUUGUGUAAACUUCCUCUAGCUGUUUUCUAAACUUCCCUUGACCCCUCAUCGUUAACCCGAAGGUGUUGUUUUUGUUUUUUCUGUCCCCUGCAGACCCCUGUCUUAUAGUGAUGCUGCCAUGCAUGGGCGAGGCCGACCGCUUCAGUCUGGAGGCGCUUCGGCACAUCCACAAACAGCUGGACGACGAUAACGACGGGGGAAUAGAAGUCAAUGAGAGUGUGGAGGUGAGCCAUUAAGAUCUGUAGACUUGUUUACAUGAAGCACAUGAUGGAUCACAGCAGAUUUAAACAGAACCUGGACAAAACUCUCAACCUUUAGGGUUAGGUUAGUAGGAAAUAUGAUUGAAGGCCCUGACACACCGGGAACGACGCAAAUAUACAACACGAAAUUACGAAAUAUUCUGAGGCAAAUUUUGACACGCCUGACUAUACACAUCAAGCGCAACGUGAUUUUGCGACUUUCUGGGGGGGAAAAAAAGAUGCGUCCCAACACCAGACUGACAGUUUUUAGUUCUGAUUAGACACUAGUGUUGAGAUGUCUGUCUGUCAUGAUAGCAUGUACUGAGUCGGGGCCAGUACCAGAUAAGAACAUUAAACUAUAAUCCAUAAAUGUAAGGUAACAACUGAGACCUAAUGGUGCUGUGACAGCAACGCGAUUGAGUUUGAGACAGUGAAAAUACAUAUGGUAUGUUGUAUCUGAACAGGUUAGCUUAUGAGCUAAAGUUACUUAGCACAGAUGAAAGUUAAAACAAAGACGUUUAUCAAACUGUUAAAGAACACAAACCAUCGUCAUAUGAGAAAUAUGACGCUAUGACUCUCCACAAGUUGUCCUUCAGGUCGUUAUCUUUGUAAUGUUUGUGUCUUUUAUCAAAAAUCACUCUGUUCUCCGACACGUUAACAAUCAGCCGGUCGGCCAUGUUGGAUAUACCGGUGAAUCUGACAUCGCAACAACACGAAAUCUAAUAUUGAUGUCCGAAAUAAUCGCACGAAAAAAACGCUCCUGGUGUGUAAGGACCCUAAAGGGAGAAGAAAAUAUCAAACAUUAUGGGUGGGAAUCACCAGUGGCCCCAUGAUACGAUAUUAUCACGAUACUUUGGCUGCGAUACAGUAUUAUUGCGAUACAAUAUAUUGCGAUCUUUACAACUUUUUUAAAACUAUUUAGCUAAUUUAGCAUUUGUCUUUUCUUUAUCAUCAAUGAGAUGAUACGAUAUAACACCAGGCAAAAUAUCGCGAUACUAUGCAAUAUUGAUUUUUUCCUCACAUCCCUAUCAAAUAUGGGUUAAAAAAACAAGUAUUUAUGUUGCAAAUGGUAUAGAAAAGCUUUUCAGGAAGUAACAACCAUCAUUUUUGUUAUUAGGCUUUAACUUUUUUAAACUGUUUUUUCGCUCUAUUACAAUUCCAUUCGGGCUGAAAUCCAGUAUUUUGUAGAUCAUUAGGUUAACCAAACCCAACUUGCCUGUAAAUGUUUCCUGUGUUGACUCAAGAAUAGCUGCCUGUCAACUCCGAAAGGGGAUCGCCUCUAUGCCGGCGAAUAUUUAGUUUACAAAGCCAACUGUGAGGAACUCCUUGUGGCGGUGGAUUCAGACUUUGAGGUGACAAAAAAAAACAAAAAGAUAACCGUUAAAACAGAAGGAUCCUGAAUUAUUGACUUAGUGACACAUCUGGAUGGAGAGAGGACAGUUUUGUGUGAGCGACAGAAGGGGUAAAAGUGACACCUGAGAGCUCUCUGACCCGCUGUGCCCUCCACGUCUCUGUAAUCAACGACUGUGGUUACUUUCAGUGUGUGUCUGUGUGUGUGUGUGUGUGUGUGUGUUGCUGUGAGUGCUGGCUGGAGUCAUUUUUAACUGGCUGAGAAGUGCUGGUGUGAGAAACACUUAUACCCUGCAGCCCUCUUUGGUGGCCCCUUAGUAGAGAUCUGGAUGCAUAUGAGUCCUGCCUAAGGACCCCCUGAGGGCUACAGUGGUAGAACUGGCCCCCAGCCCACAUUGAUGUGAUGUGUCUGUGCAUGUGUCGCUGUUAGCUGUAUGUGCUGUAUGUGCUGUAGGGUAUCAGAGUGUCUUACAGAGCCGCUCUGUUUUCACCCUUUGUCUUUAUAAGGGCAUCGGCUCGUUUCUGUUCCUUCACUGCAGAAACUCUCGGUUGUUUUUGGCCGCCGCUCCAGCUUUCCUCUCGCAGACUUUCACAGCACGACGGAUGCGGCUUUCGCCAAAUUAGUGGCUGUCUUCCAGUUUGUUUGAGUGUUGUGCACCCGGCUAAAACACGUGGAGUCAGGGCCGUGUUGUCCAGUCCUAAAUAAUCAAAUCAAUUUCGAUUAAAGUCUGUUUAGAAGGAAUUAAUAAGAGUCGUGAUUCGAUCCAGUUUUGAUUUUUUGGAUCAAACUACCAUAUGGGUCAUUCCAUGUCAAUUCAACCAAGAAUCGCCACUCACGUCACAGAUUUUGAUGAAAUUUGGUGGAGUGAUUGGCCCUCAGGAGAAACUGUCAGAGCUCAAAUAUUUUUGUUCAAAGCCAUAUAAUUAGUGAGAUAGGGGCUAAUGAAUUUUUGGCUAACUAGCAUGACAUGCGUUACAAAAGUGUUCAUAUCUCUGGAAGUAUGGCACCUAGAGAGCCGAUUCAGGUGUCAUUUUAAAGCUCUCUUCAAGAUCUAUCUUUUUGUUCAUAGCAUUUUUCCCCAAAUUGGACCAGAAAAAAUUUAUAAAAGACCAAAGACUUCAAUUGGAAAUAGCAAAAAAUGCGUGUUCUUGGUUGAAUUGACAUGGAAUGACCCAUAUGUUGCUCAAAACUUCUUCAUAUAAUCAAGGUACUUAUAAUCCAGAUAUGGGGGUUAUCAGAAUACCAGCAGCAGUUUAAAGUAGGAGUGGAAUAAAACGUACGAAUGUCCCAAAAAAAACUUCAAUUUGUCCAACAAGCAAUAAUUGUAAGAUGAAGCUAUAAUUGUCAUGUUUAUUGAUCAUUUUGGCUCGAUUUGUUCCCUUGUUUUGAGCUUUUGGUACAGGAAAACAAAAAUUAAAGCUCCUGUGAUCAAUAUUUCCGUGAAUUUUGGCGACCCCUGUAGGUAACCCAAAAAUAAAAUAAAUAAUAAUUGGUUUCCAGCUGUUAAAAAUUAAGACAUAGAUAUAAUUAUUCUUCUUACUGAUGGCCUUGAUUUUUGAAAGGUCAUCAGUGAGAAGACACAGGAGCUUUAAGGUAGUCCAUUGUCCUCCCCUGAACCCAAACCCUUAAAAUCCACAUUUACAAAACAAAGCAGUCCAGCUGAAAUGAAGUUUACUUUAAUAUUCAAAAUAUUCAACAGAGCCACAAAGAUCUGAUUCUGGCCGUUGUUUUAUUAAACUUGUUAGGUCUCUUUUGAUUACAAGGAAACACAAGGUAAAGUUAAUCCUCAACUACAGGAUUAUAAAGCACAUUCGAGCUACAUUUCCAAAGUGAUUGUUGGGAUAAGCUUGCAACAUGAUUUUAAGACUCACCAGUGAAGUAUGAAUUCAAGUUAGAGCUGUUUAGACUGAGCCAAACAUCUUCAAAAUUGAAGUUAAUUUAAGAUAGUCAUCUGGUAGGAGUGUAACAACGCGCUCUGCCUGCUGAUGACUUUAUCUGAGAGAUGAGAUGAAGAUAUUAAAAACACAAGACUUUAAUUUAACUUUGAGUCCGGGAUUAUGAGAUUUACCGCCUGUUUCACUUGAUAUCACACAGUCAGACUCCUUUGCUGUCAGUUUCGGCACAUAGUCAGCCUCUUCCUGGCAGCGGCGAGCUGAAAAGCGUGACAAAGUUAUGAUGAAGGCUGACGAGUGCCGGCCUCGUCAGCCCUUCGCCCCUCUGCCACCUGGCUGAAACCUUACACUCAGACAACAAAGAUCUCGCUGGCACUUCCCGUCCUCCUCACCCACUCAUCUCCAACCUUCACCCCAAAGUUCGAGAGGCUGAGUCUGCCGAGUUCAGAGAUCCAGUUUUUCAUGACUCGCAUGUUAGAGAUUUUAAUGCCGGUUGUAAAAAUGACAUGUGGUGAUGUUUGAUUGGAGUGACACCUGUGGCUAACCUCUUUGAGUAAAUAAUUCACGAGGUCUUUGCACACAAUAUGAGAAACGUGUAUUUGUCUUUGUGUUUUUGAUACCCUGCCAAGACCAGUUUUAUUAACAAAUUAACACCAAAGGCUUUUUUAUUCAUUUAGAAAUCAUCGUAGACAAAUUGAAAUAAAGAGUCACUUCAUAUUCACAGUUCGCCAAGCUACCAUGGCUUCAAUUCCCUCAAAUUAUAAACCAACCGCUAGUUUUUUUUUACCAUGUUUUACUGCAAAUGUGUCCUUAUAUGUGGCCUUUUUAGGGCCUCAGAUAACUGUCAUUGUCUUCAAAUGUCUAAAAGACUAAAUAUUUGUACAAUUAGUUGAAUUAAAGCCAGAUUCAAAAACAUUUCGAAGAAAAAUCAACUUUUUUCAACCACAAAAUUUUGUAAACGAUCGAUUCAGUUUCAGAAAACCAAACAUUUGACAAGUUAGAUGAAGCUAAUAUUUGAAAAUGUUGAAAUUUUGACAGAAAUUAUGCAACCAACUAGAAAAGUGUCAGAGAGUGCAGACCUCCGCCAAGAAGCUCAUGUCCCCCCUUAAACAAGAAAUGCUCUGACUGGCAAUUGAACCCAGGACCUUCUGGUUAUGAGGCAACAGAGCUAACCACUACACCACUGUGCUGCCUAUCUACACCACUCUGCCGCCCAUUGGUUAUCUUUCAGCAUUGAAAAUUCCCAUGACAUCCUUAUUUUUGUGUGUUCUGGAUCACAGUAUCCAGAAUUUUGUCCAGAUCACCACCACAAAAUUUAAUGGGAUCCUCCUGGGGCUGAGACGCACCUCUGGUGAAAAUUUCAGGUCAAUCUGUCCGUUACUUUCUCUGUAAAGUUGCUAACAGACAAACAAACUCACAAACAAACCAAUGCUACCGAAAACAUAACCUCCUUGGCGGAGAUUGAGUUGAUGAAAGAGCGCCCCCUGGAUUAAAAUCACACACCUCUUCAGAACAAGUUCCAUCAUAAUUAGCCCUCAUUGGCGCGAACAGGCCUACACCUUCACGUAAUAUCACCCCACACGCUCAGUGUAUUUACAGGUCGUACUAAAAUGAUCCAGAGCACUAAAAGCCUCUGCACAAAAAGAGCACCCAUUAACAUGUGUACUUAAACAUAUUGACACUCUUUGUCGAGUGGCGAGGCGAGGAGAGCAAACAAGGAAGUAGUGAGGACGGCGAACGGCUCAUUUCGCCGGAAUAGUCUCUGACAGGUCAUGCCAUCGUGUUUUCUAUGAGGGUGUUGCUAAGAGUGUUGGCCGCUUUGACGGUGAUAACUGGAGCAGACAUUCAAGCUGAAGGGUCGAUUCAUGUCGGGUUCAGUUGUCUUGAUAACACCGUUAAACUGCGAAGGUAGCGCAGAGUUCGUUGCGUGUCGUGUGGAGUUGGCAUUGUUUCUCCAGGUUGUUUUUCAAGUCUCUCUCACCUCCAAGUCUCCAUCAGCCUAAAUAAAUCUAAAGAUGAACCUCGUGACGAUAAGUAUUUAUAGUUUCUUUCGGAAAUUUGACCACUAUGGAAGAAUUUUAUUGGGAAUCAGAUCCAGCUGUAAUCCCGUGAAACCUAAACCUGUCUCUGAUUACCUUGUGAAUCUGCGCGUCUUCGUCUGGGGGGUUUUGAGUGACAUCCGGGGUUCUGUUGCUGAGCACAGUCACUGGGGACGGCAGGUGCACGUCCUCUUCUCCGGGUUCUGGGCAGUGCGCUGUCUGCCUGCCAAACAGACGCACGGCUGGAUCGUCUUGCAUCAACUUUGAUAUCACAAGACCCGAUUCUACGUCACAUCAGGGGCCCAAAGGCGCUGCUUAUCACUUCUCCUCUGAUUCCAGUCUUUCUGCUGAGCAUGCAUCCUAACUUGAUGGGAAUUAAAGGCCGUCACAUGAGUUGUGAGACAGUAUGAUGGCAAACUGUACGACUUGAAUAUGUGCGAGUGAAAUCAGAAGAAACACGAGGAGCCACGAGGGGUGUCUGGGUCGUAUCUUUAGAAAGGAGGAAUCUCAGGAGGUUCAAGAAGCUGUUUGUUGACUCGUCUGGGAAUGUUCUGGAAGGAUGAUUGAAGAAAGACGUGUUAUUUAUGACCUACUGCGCUCAAUUGAGAUGUAGAAAAGAUAGACGAUAAUUGGCUUGGCCAGUAUCUGGGCUCAUGUGACCAAUUAAUAAAAAUAGACAAAUUGCGCCUUCAGCCACUGCAGGCAGACUGUCAAACAUUGUUUAUUUUAUUUUAUGGCAUGAUCAAUAAAACUGUUUUAAUCAAAGCUUGAACACUGAGUCUUGGUUAGCAAUCCUUUUAAUAGUGACCCUAUCAAAAGAAGUAGAUGUGCGUCCAACUGGGAGGAGGCCUGGGGUAGACCCAGUGCUCACUGGAGGGAUUAUAUUCACCAUCUGGCCUGAGUACAACCUGGGAUCCCCCUGGAAAACGUUGCAGGGUCAAGAGACGUCUGGGUUGUCUUACCAUGUCAAAGACGAUAGAUGGAUUACUUAGAUUUUGUGUAAAUGUGAUCAACAGUAUCAUGACGUAAAUGAAUAAACCCAAAAUUGUUAUUGAAAUUUAAUUAACGGGGUGUGUUUUUCAUUUAAAAAGGGUCAUUAUUGCUUCUCGAUGAGAGACAAGCAUCGCCUGUCGUAACCGUCAGCAGAAUCAGACGAUCAGUUGUGGACAGAUGGGCUGAUACAGUAGGGGUGAACGGAGUCAAAGCCGACUGCUGGAGAGAGCGGAGGCUCAUGGGUAGCGUCUCGAUCUUGAGCCAGCUCCCCCCUAAUCUGGAAUCUGAUGGGAACAAAUGUGUCUUUGUGUGCCGUUGAGUGUGUCAUACCCUGUCUGUGCUAGGGCCUCUGCAGAGGUUAUGUGCCAUUGUCAAUCCUGUGGUCUUUUUUUUUUACAGGAUUACGUUAUAUCUUCAUCAUUUACUUUAAUUAUAAAACUUAAACACAACCUUUACUUCAGGAAUAUACUCUUCUUUUCCGCGUCGUCAGUCAGGAAUGAUCUCAGUUGUAACACUAUCCAAACACUUAAGCACAGAAACCACAGGGCUCCCACACAAAGAUCUCUAUUUGAGCAGCUCACCACAUAUUUCAUGACGGAAAGCGUCACAAAGCUGUCAUUGACAACAUGCAAAACUGCUCCCACAAGUUUAAGUUUCAGUAUAAGGUAGCAGUGAUUAAAUACAGUUUUUUUUUGUACCUCUUUUAGCUAUAGUAAGUACGAGACAGUGGGAGCAAGACCUCUUGAAUUUCCAUUGAAGGUAAUGUCAGAGAGUGUGGACAGGACUUCCACAGGAAUAUGUAUGUUGAGAAACCUCUGAGCAUUAAUGAAGCAACAUGUUAGCUUGAGGUUUAAAUCGCUUUGUAGGGAUUUUCAACUCUGAGUUGCGCUUGCUAGCUCUGCUGCUGUUGCACGGAUUGCAGGACAAGAUCUGGCGCCUUGCGUUGCUCUUUAAGUUCCCGGGAAUAGUUGUUAUUUUUCUUGACUGAGAUGGACUAAUAUUGUUCACUCUAUAAAUAAACUUAUUAACCAUGUUGUACUAUUUUAUCUUGAGUUAUUGAAGGUAACUUUAAUCCAUCAGGAGUUUUAUUUCCUCAUCUGAACACUGUUACGUCCUGUAGUUCUGUCAACAUAACUUCUCAAGGCGUAAUGAAUGGUAAGCAUUAAAGGCUUUGGGAGACAUUUGUUUGGACUACUAUUACACACAUUGUGGUCUCUGCAGUGACUCAGCUGACAGCCGGUUCCUUCACUAAGUUCCUGGCUUUACGUCACGUACAAAAACUCAUUUGCAUCGCUAUUGUGUAACAAGAAGGUGAGAGAGAAAAAAAACACACCCGGGCCAAAGCUUGGAGAUUUCUUAGACUAUUUUGUCCACUACUGAUGUGCUGAAAGAGCUUUUCAAACCCUUUGUGUUGAAAGAAUUAAGGCAACAACUUCAGAGUUUCUAUGGUGUUAUGUAAGGCGUGUUACCAAUCUGUUUCCCCACAAGCCUGCAGCUGUCUAAGUGCUCUCAAUCAUAAGUUUAACUUCUUUGUGUUGUGUCAUAAUAAGCAGUGACGAUCAUUUUAUGAGGUUUGUUGUUGAAUCAAAGUCAGUCCAACUUUUUUUUUUCUUUUCAAAGUACGGAUUUAAUGGACGUAGAAUUAGAUUGUGUCUUUGGUUACGCUUUUACCCGAGCUUUUUGUCCAGCAACAACUAGCAGUGACCUCCAGUCUUGAGAAAUAAAGUGCAAGAAACAAGUGCAGUUCCUCUAGUGUCCACUUGAGGCUGUUUCAGAAGUCCAAAAUGUACCUGACAACGGCAUUUUGACGUAACCAACACCAAGACAGAAUCAGCUCUCACAAGGCCCAUAAUUACCCUUAUCUUUUUAAAUAUAAAAUGUAUUUGAUAGGUACAAUAAUGCAGUUUAAUAAUAACAUUAACAUUCAGAUAACAUACAUUUUUUUCCACAUUUAUCUAAUAAGAAAUUCUACCGUUGUUUUCUCUCAUUUGAACGUAAUGUAUUAAAAAAUAACUACAACGUGUCAUCAUAAGAAAAGUCUGAAUUCAGACCUUUUUUCCAUAAUAACAUAUUUUUAAAAGUAUAUAUAUAUAUAUAUAUGUGUGUGUGUGUGUAUGUGUGUGUGUUUUAGGUGAGUUUGAGAACUACUGUGAGGAACUUGUGUGUUGAUUUUGUUGCUGUUUGUUGUUCGUGUAUCGAGGUUUAUCCAGAUUUCUGUUUAAGGCACUUUACAUCAGGAGUUGGCACAUCCUGACACCACAGACUGGGGUUGGGAUUAAUCCUCCUCUAAACAUGGGCGUACUCCAUUUAUAUUUCAAUAUAAUCCAGCCGUGACUCACACUGUCGUACAAUUAUACUCAUAUGAUUAAUACAAAUAAUAUGACUCCCUUCAGUCUAAGACAAGUCCACUUUUGAUUCCAGUUUUUCUUCAUUCUCACGUCCUCCCUGAUUCUUAUGUAAUAAUUUAAUGAUGUGUUUGAAAACAGUUGAAGUUUGUACUGUAUGUAUUAUGUAUCUUUGAAUCCAUUUGAGACUGUUUCAAAAGGAUUGGUGUAGCCGAGCAUUGAGAAUAACCCUGUAUUAGUGCAGGCACAUGACCACUUCAAGCUGUGCUGGAAUCUGUCACAUGUCAACCUUAUAGACCUGGUGCCAUUGUGAGUCAAAAAUGGGGUUAUUUUGUUGUGUUUUCUACUCAAGAGUCAAAAAAUUACACUGAUUUAUUUAUUGCAAACAGAGUAAGAUUUAAAACCAAUCAGUUCAUCUGAGCCCUUCAAAAUAAAAGACUAGAAAAGAGAAUCAGCUUGCACAUCUUUAAACAAAAACCCUCACUAAUUGUAUGUUUUCUGUUUUAAUCAUGUGGCAAAAGAAAUUAAAAAGAAAGGUAAGUGGUAGUUUUACUUCUGGAGGUUGUUGCAGUUUCCUUGUUUCUGGUGUUAACACUAAACUAACCCUGGAGAAAGAACAUUUUAACAGUUUAAGUUACAGAUAAUAUAACCGAGGAUAACACCCAUCAAAGUGACAGUGCAGCAGUAAUAUCAAAGACUGAUUAGCAUGCAUGGGAAGGAGUACGUUUUAACUCUCUGCCAAGGCCACACACACACACACGUAUUACUACAAGACGAAUGCUUUGAGGUGUCUGGUUGUCAGCCAUGGUCUUUGUUGUUCAUGCUGCUGGUUUUCUGGCAAUCCUUUGGUGGGUUCCUUUACUGAAGCUUUCUCUGCAGGGGCAUUUCAUUCUGAGCUACCAAAGGAGGACAGCCGGAAACUGAACACGCACACACACGCAGACACACACGUGUGCACACACACACACACAGGUGGAAGUGGUGCCUCCGCCAUGGGUCUCUUUCUCUUUUCAAAGUCCCUAAAAGGAAGAAAGGAGAGAAAAGAAAGUGUGUGUCUGCAUAUGUGUGUGUGUGGAAGUGUGUGAUCUAAAGCUAGACUUUUAGGCUCAGCACACUCUCUCUCUCUGUUGAAACCACACAUGGACAUACACAGACACAAGCACAGCUUUCUGUAUCUCCCCCUGAAGCACUUUCUCAAAUAUCUUAAUCCUAUCAAACUCUGUUUUUUUUUGUUAAAGUGAUCCGUCUCUGUAAAAGUUGUGUGUCUGUGUUUUUCUAGUUUAUUAUAGAGGACAUGAAGCAGCAGCAGACCAACAAACACAGCAACCUGCACCGGGAAGACCAGCACAUCACCGUGGAGGAGCUGUGGAAAUGCUGGAAGACCUCUGAAGGUACAAAAGCAAAACUAACAAUUACAAAGUCAAUAAGCAACGUGCUGGUCUGUUUGAGGCAAGGCCGAGUGAGAAAGUUCUCUGCAUAAAUACACAGAAGCACAUGACACAGGCGUGGUAAAAUCCAUCUGACAGGCUGAUGUACUGGUUCAACAAGCCUGAAACAAGGUGACGUUCAGCCUGGUGCUGCCAGACCCAUCAGACGGUUCAUAUUCACUGAAAUGGUCUGCUGACGCCAAGCCAGGUGGAAAAAUGUCGACUUCUGCAGGCUGGAGUUUGAUUGUAUAUUUGAGGAUGUGAAAGAAGAGUUAAAAAAAACCCAACAUAAUCAACGAUAAUGUUGAUUAUUAAUUUUUCUUAACCGGUUUAUUUAUACAGUCUUUGCUUGUAAAUGGCAUCAGGAGUUUGUCGGUCAUUCAGCUGUUUCCCUCUCUGAUUUGAAUCCCUCCCUGGGACAAAGUUUGACCCGCGUCUCUUCCUCUUCUUGUUCCUUAAAAACACAUCUUCAAACACACACCCAAAUACGUCAGUCUCAUUCUGCAUGCGCUUUUGUUUGUUUUUAAAUAUUAAGUAUGUCAGCCUCAGGGCUCACUUGUGCCUCCUAAGAGGUAGAAAUACGCCCUGCACAAAAUAAACAUCAUGGCUUUUGGUUCCCGUGUUUGAUGGUUUUAGGAGCUGCAGAAUCAUUGACACUCAUGUAAAUCCAGUAUUUUUAACACAUUUUCAGAUUUAUCUAUAGCAUCCACAACUUUAUGUUAAAUUAGGGCUGGGCAAUAAACCGAAAAUUUACAGAUACAGAAAUUUACAACAAUUACCGACGUCAUUUUGCCCAUGUCAUUAUAUUCGGUGUCAAAAAGAUAAAAAAAUAAAAGUUGGUUUUGAAGUGUGUAGGUAGGCUAUGGUCUCAUGUCCCUGUAAGACGCUGUCCUACGUCAGACAUGUGACUCCACCCCAUCCAGUCCGUAACAGAGAGUAGACGAACUUAAUGUGGGAGGGGGUGAGCAGCUUGUGGAAUAGUUAUCGUCCAUUUACCGUUAUUGAGGUGAACUGCUCAAUAUAUCAUGAUAUUGAUUUGAGGCCAUAUCGCCCAGCCCUAGUCUGUAUCCUUGCAACAGUAUCAUAGAGAACAUCACACGGAACUUCAGCUGUUGCCUUGUGCGGGGUGUAUACAAGUAUUGCUAUGAUAUGACUGAACUCCAUUGGAAUGUAAUAUUCAGCAGGUGAACUGCUUAAUAAAUCUAGAUAUUGAUUUGAGGCCAUAUCGCCCAGCCCUAGUCUGUAUCCUUGCAACAGUAUCAUAGAGAACAUCACACAGAACUUCAGCUGUUGCCUUGGUGUAUACAAGUAUUGUUAUGAUAUGAUUGAACUCCCUUGGAACAUAAUAUUAAGCAAGUGAACUGCUUAAUAUAUCUUAUCGCCCAGCCCUAUUUUAAAUGCACAUUGUCACUCACUCUGUAAUGUGAAAAUACUUCUGCUCUCCAACUUAAAGCUCCUGUAAGGAACCUUUUAUCUGCGUUGGAUCCGGUGCCCAUAACUCUUAUUUCUAUUUGUUUUUCUUGUCUCUCUUGUUGUUGGUCAUUAAAAGAAAUGUUUCCUGUCUCUUUCUUUCUUUACACAGUCCACAACUGGACGAUAGAGGACACGGUGCGGUGGCUGAGGGAGUCGGUGGAGCUGCCGCAGUACGAGAAGAACUUCCGGGACUUCCGGGUCACAGGGAACACUUUACCUCGGUUGGUAUCAUCAUCAUCAUCCCCUCAAACAGCAUCCUUCUCUCCCCGCAGAAUCACAGAUCAGCUUGUGUGCAUCUGUGCGGCGUGUCCCCGUUCUCCUUCUGUCUUAUGAAUAUUCAAUGAGACUGCUGUUCGUUAUAAUUGCUCUACUUUCUGCACUUUUAUGGAGGAUAAGCUUCAUAUCAUGGUCUCUAAUUAAGAUGUGAUUCUUUAGCCUGAGCAGCACAAUGUUUUCAUGAAUAAUAAUACUAUUGUAGUCUUUAUUGGGAUGCACAAAGGAGCCAUAGUUUUUACAUUGCUUUGUUGAAUGCUGCCCUCUGCUGGUCACAAAAGGCAAUGAAGGAAAAAAGCAUCCUAUUAAAACAGGUUGAUUCUCUUUCCCUUAAAAAAGCUUAUUUUAAUAUAUCUAUGUAUAUUUUUUAACAUGAUAUGAAGGAUGAACGUGUCGAGUCUUAUUUUGAAGGUGAAAGUGUUAAACGAGUCUGAACAGGACAAACUUAGACGUCAGAGGGACACUUGAGGAAUGUGACGGAGGGGGCAUGACCGUGUGGGGUCGGGUUGGGGGGUUAUUGAGGGGGUCUCAUGUUACUCCUCAGGUCUGAUGGGUGAUGACUCAUGAAGUGAUGUCACAGUGUGUGCGUUACACUUCCUGCGGGCUGCCAUGUUGUCUGAGUAUGUUAAGAUGGAGGUUAAUCCGUCUCAGUUGAAACAUAAUUUAUAUGUUUGUGUUUGUAUAUACUCACAAAAGGAAGUACUGAUAACUCUGAGGCAGAUAAAUGGGAAUCUUCUUGGGGAACAUGGAUACUAAACUGUCAAAACAGAGAAAAUCGAACGCUGAAUUUUCCUUUUCCUUCGUUUCACAGAAUAGCAGCUAAUGAACCGUCGUUCAUGUCGAUGCAGCUGAAGAUAUUAGACCAGCGGCAUAAACAAAAGCUGAACCUAAAGGCGCUUGACGCGGUCCUUUUUGGCCCUCCUCUCCGUAAGUCUGCCACAGAUUUUUACGAUCACUCAUCAACUCGUAAAACUUCACAUGAAAAAGCAGAUUUCGUCAAAGUCUCUCCUCUCCUCCUCCUGUUUUCUCCUCUUCCGCAGGCCCACAACAUAACUGGAUGAAAGACUUUGUCUUGAUGAUUUCCAUUGUGAUCGGUGUCGGGGGCUGCUGGUUCGCCUACGUGCAGAACAAAUCCAGCAAGGUGCACGUCUCUCAAAUGAUGAAGGACCUGGAGAGCCUUCAACACGCCGAGCAGAGCCUGCUAGACCUGCAGAGCCGGUAUGAACACGUAAUAAUCAGGGGAGGUGUGUGUUGUGAAAUUUAAAAAUACAUGUGGAAAAAAAUGUUAUUCAACACCUCCUCAGGUUGGAAAAGGCUCAGGAGGAGAACCGGACGGUGGCUGUGGAGAAGCAGAACCUCGAGCAGAAGAUGAGGGACGAGAUCACCGGGGCCAAAACGGAGGCUCACAGACUACGAGAGCUGAGGGAGGGCGCUGAAUGUGAACUCAGCCGCCUUAAAUACGCAGAGGAAGAGCUCGUGCAGGUACAGCUUUGUCAUAAUCAGACAAUAACUCGGCACUGGAGCUUUAAUCUAUUUAUUCAAAGAAAAUAUGUGAUAAUUUUGACUCUUGCAGGUUCGAAAGGCUCUGAAGCGAGCGGAGAAGGAGCUGCAGUCGGAGCGGUCGGUGCCCGAAGCUCUCCAGAAGUGGCUCCAGCUCACGCACGAGGUGGAGGUCCAAUACUACAACAUCAAGAAGCAGAGCGCCGAGUUUCAGCUCUGUGUCGCCAAGGAAGAGGUACGACCAUACAACCACCGAGGGGUAUCAUAGCAGACAUCGUGUUCAUAUGACGUGUGUAAGAGCGUUUGUGUUUGUGGUUUUCAGGCAGAGAAGAUAAAAAAGAAGAGGAGUUCUGUGUUUGGGACUCUUCACGUAGCCCACAGUUCAUCACUGGACGAAGUGGACCACAAAAUACUCGAAGCAAAGUGAGGACACAACAAGAAUUUAUUUGUGCAUCCGAACCAGAGACGAACUCGUCCUUGAGUUGCAGGAUUGAAGCACAAACCCUCCUCUUGUUUGUGUUUUCUUGUCAGGAAAGCCCUUUCAGAGGUGACGGCGUGCCUGAGGGAGCGGCUGCAUCGCUGGCAGCAAAUCGAGAAGCUCUGCAACUUCCCCGUCGUCAACAACUCAGGCCUGCCGAGCCUGACCGCCAGCCUCUACUCAGACCACAGCUGGGUGGUGAUGCCGCGGGUGUCGGUGCCGCCUUACCCCAUCGCAGGGGGCGUGGACGACCUGGACGAGGACACGCCUCCCAUCAUUCCCCAAUUCACAAGUCAGUUCCUUUUCAGUAUUUCGCUGAAACUGUUUCAUCUACUCUAAAGAGAAAUCAAUCUCAUCUUCGUUUGUUUCCUCCCCACAGCGACCACGUUGAUCCGGCCCCCGCUGACCCGCAGCAGCAGCCUGUGCCGUUCUCGCCGCAGCCUCCUCAGCCCCCAGUCCUCGCUGAUGUCCCCGGACCCAGACCUGCUCUCCAUGGCCAGCUCUUCCCUCUCCUAUCGCCCCGAGGCCGACGACGAACAUAUCAUGUUCAGCUCGGAUAGGAGGGGGUAUGUAGCGGUGGCCGGAACGCCGCGGAAUGGUUUUACAGUUUGGACCCACAGGUGUUUUAUCCAAAAAGAUUCACACUGAUGCUUUUCAGCUUGGGGGUUAAAGUGGUGUCUUCUGGUGGGUGGAGGAUGCAUGAGUUUACCAUCAGGUGGUGAAACGUAACGAAAUCUUGUUUAUUCUUUUUAAACCCAAACAGACUAUCGAAACUAAACUUGAACUCUUGGACAGAAACAAGCAUGAUUAACACAAACUCAUUAACAAAAACCUUAUUUUAAAAAGAUUUUAGAUUUCUUUGAAUUUAAAACCUCCAGAUGCUCGACCUCCUACUCCAGCCUACAUACUGAAUUCUGUCAUAUCUUUAGAGGCCUUACAGAUGGAUUAUUCAGACCCUCAGUGCUUUUUGUCCCGAGCACAGGCAGAUGAGGAUUUUUGAAGGACACUGUUUAAUAACCCUCUUACAAAAUUAAAGAAAAAUCUCUUAAUGUCUGGAUUUGAGGAAGAAGACCAAAAUUACAGAUCUAUCUCCUGAACCCAAGAACACUAUUGCUAAAAUUAGUAACACCGUCACUAUCGCCGGGUGAUUUUUACCUGAAAUAAUAUACCUAAGAAAAAGUACUUAUCAUCAAAAUAGAACAAUACAUGACAAAUUAGUUUUCUUUUAUUUUUAACUGUGUAAUGUCCAAAGGGAGGGGAAAAAGUGCCAUGAGGGGACCAUAUAAACUCAACAAAAUAACUGAAAUAAUUAAGCAUUCAUCAACAAAAAAUUCUUAAAAUAUAUAUAUAUAGAAAAUAAAAAAAAAAUAAAAAAUUAUAUAUAUAUAUAUUUAUAUAUAUAUAUAUAUAUAUAUGUAUACUGUAUAUACAUACAUACAUACACACACACACACAUAUAUAUAUAUAUAUAUAUAUAUAUGUAUUAUAUUAUAUUCUGGUUCUCUCUCCUUAGUACAAUAACAGGAGAGAGAACCAAAAUAUGGCAGAUUUUGAGUGAGUAAAAAUGACCAGCUGACUGAAAUAUUUCUUAUCACCGUAUAAAUUCCCUUGAAAAUCACUACUUUGUGAUAGUUAUUCAUAACUACUGCACUAACCAAAGAUAACAUGCAAAUCACUAUUGCCUGUUGAAAAUCACCAGCACACGUAAAAGCCGGUUUUGGAUCAGGGAAACAAAUCUGCCUUCAAAGAUGUAAAAGACAAUGCUGAAGCUACUCAGAGACCCGUGACACUCAGACAAACACAGCAUAAUGAAAAUUACAUAAACAUGUUUGGUCGGAUAAAAAUCACCUGGCGAUAGUGUUCUCGGGGUAAAUCAGGCGUCUUUGGUUUGUUCGUUAGUGUUUCUGAGUUGUGAUUGUGGUUCGUCUCCUCGACUGUUUCAGGGAUUCGAUCCAGGACGGCAGCUCCGACACCGACUCCCUCAGCUCCUCCAUCGGCCGCAAGCAGCUGCACAACACGGAGCCCCCGUACCGCAAGAUCUCCCGCGAGGAGCUGCUGCUGUUCAGCCAGACCCCGGAGCUCCCCGCCUCCACGUCAGCCAACUCCUCCUCCACCCACACCAGCAGCAGCAGCAGCAGCAGUCUCAGGGACUCCACGCCUCCUCCUCUGCCUCCCACCCCGGCCACCACGCCCUCCGGCCCACCCUCCACCUCGCCUUCCCCCGCCCUGGAGCACCACCCGUUUGCACACAGAGGCUCGCCCGACCUCACGCGCACAAUCCCCGAGUCCCAGAGCGCCACCUUCUCGCAGGGGAGCGCCACCUCACCCACGGGUAAAGGAGUGUACAACGGCAUCCUGGAGAAGUCAUACAGCUACAGCCAGCUGCCCGCCAGCAUGCUCCCUAACGUUGGGCGUUUCCCGUCCCUCACCUCCCUGGACUCGGAGGGUCGGAGCAUGGGAAGGGAUUACAAGCUCCAGAGCACCUCCUCCCAGGACUCCAGCGACAAUGGAGAGAAAAUCAAGCGCUCCUCAUCUAAAAUCAAAAGCUUAUUUAAGAAGAAAAAAUAAAAACUGUCAGAGUGAGAUAGUUGUAGAGAGAGAAAUUAGAGUCAGAGUUGUUUUGGCCCUUACACUUGGAAAAAGGACAUCACUGUACGCUGAAACACGUCAUUUUCUCUCUUCUUGUUUUUUGUUGUCAAAGAUGGAAUGUAGCUCGGUCUGAGGGCCUUUAAGAAACACCUCAGACUGGUAGCCUUAUUUUUCAAUAAUGCCUUUUUUUUAGUCGUCUAAUGGUCAAAGAAAGGUCAAUGAAAGGUCAAAGGUCAUGAAAGUUGUCUUCCAUACAGCUAAAAAUGAACUCUCACUGUCUCCUGUUAGUUUGAGUUUGAUAGAAGCCACCGCUGUUUGGUACAACGAACUAUUAGGGCCACUCUGAGGAAGAAACAAAUGAGAGGAUUUUGAGAAAAAAGUUGGUUUAACAUUUUAAGAUAAAGCUGUAAAUUUGCAAGAAUUAAGUUGUAAAUUAACACGAGCGAGCUAAAUUGUUGCAUUGUGAUAUAAAAAGAGCUGAAUUGAUAAGAACAGAGUUUUAAAUUUACAGGUUAAAAGUUGAAAAUUAACAAGGAGGAAUUACAAAUAUUCGUUUAAAAAGCACAUUUAGAAGAAAUAAGCCUAAAUUUUCAAGAAUGAAGUUAAAAAGUUUACAAGAAUGAAAUUGUAAUUUUAAAUAAUUUUAUUAUAAAUUUGCAAGAAUUGAGUCCCAUCAUUACAAGAACAAAAUCGGACAUGCACAAGAUAAAGAAGAAGUGUAAAAUUGUUUAUUUAUAUUUACUAGGACAGUGAACAAAGGCCUGGAUUGGCAAGGAAAAAGUUUUGAAUUUACAGGAUAAAAGUUGAAAAUUUUACAGAAUUAAAAUCAAAUAUUUAUAGAAAUAAAGCUGAAUAUUUCCAAGACCAAAAAAUGGAAUUAACAUUUACAAGUCAUUUAAAGGAAUGAAAAAGGCAGGCAUUUUACAGGUUAAGAGAUGAAAAUUAACUAGAAUAAAACUGUGAAUUUAUUUAGAAAUAAAUGUAUAUCCUCCAGAAAAAAGGCCUACUUUUCAAGAACGAUGUUUUGAAUUUACAGGAAUAAAAGUUGGAAAUUUACAAGAAUAAAGUCCUAAAUUGUAAACUUUUAAGAACAUUUGUAAAUUACUGUAAAAAGGUCUAAAUUUUUGACAACUGAGUUAUAAAUUUUAAGGAAUUCAGGUAACGACACUAUUUCCAAAAGUAGAAAAGUUGUCAUUUUCACAAAAACUGUUAAGUUAUUAAUUGAACAUGAAGUCACAACAUUACAAGAAUUAAAGUAUAAAUUUUUUAGCAUGCAAUCUUAAAUAGACAACAAUGAAACUGUGUACUCUAUGGAUAAAGUCAUAAAAUUUUAGUCGUACAAGAGUACAAUAAGAAAGUAAGAACAUUUUUUUACAAACUACAGCUUAUAGUUGAAAAUGUUUGAAAGGUGUAAUCCCCCCAAAAAAGAAAAAUACUAAAUUGAAAUGAAUAAAGUCGUAAAAUUGUGAAAGUAGAUAAAAUUUGGGGGAGUAAAAGUGUAAAUUUAUAAUGAUUGCACAUGUGACAGAAUAAAUGUGUAAAAUUCGAAGACUGAAACUAAAAAUCCACAGGACUGUUGUCCAAAAUUGAAAAGAAUAAAGUUGCAAUUCUGAUGCUGUGAUAGAAUAAAUUCGGUCUCAUUAACAAGAAAGUAAACCUAAGGUAAUUUAUAUUUUUUCUUUUGAUAUGUUUCGAUUUUUUUCUCAAAAUCCCUGAUUUUUUUUCUUCUCUACCUCCAUUGCAGUUCUGGUGCAAAGGUGCAGUCCAUAAACUUAUUCUUAAGCACACGUAUGUCCAGAUUUAAAGUCUGCUCUUCCUUCUGGAAGUCUCUUAAUCACACCUUCGGUUCAGAAGCAGCGUUGAGAUUUCUCCUCCAAAAGACUGUCCGGAUUACUCCUCACUGCUCUAUUUGUGAAUUGCAUCUUACGAAGUCUAAACUACUUGAAUAAGUUCCUCUGAAACAAUAAAAAUCCUGCUAAAUGUUUGUUGCACUAAUGCUUUCCUGGUAUUUUGGGAAAGAUCCGCUGCUUGUGGAGUACAUACUGAAAAAGAAUAUAUAGAGAUGAGAGGGAAACAUGGACAGCAGCAGUGAAGACGCAGUGAAUGAAACUAAAUUUCAAAUCUGACGUGUCUCUACUGCUGCUACUCAUGGAUGCCUCAACAAAUAUAAUAUAUUUAUAUACAUAUAUAUAUAUAUAUACCUUGUUUUCACGUUAUUAUGUGGAUGUUUUCAAUAGAUUUAUAUUGGUGGGGGUUCCUAUGAACUGAUAUUUACUGAAGAAAGUUUAUUGAAUAUGCAGAUUUAACUUACGCCAGUCGUUCCCCCUGUACUCUUACCAAUAUCAACAUGCAGUUUCCUUUACUGUCUUAAACACCCUGAAAUAUUUGGUGUCACUACCAGAUUUUGGUGGAACUGUCUGUGCAAAUGAUUCUGUUUGUGCCAUAUUAAUGUUGGAGAAAGUUAGAGGAAUCCUUGUCGUUGUUUUUUUACUGCUUUCUUCUCUACGCCGACGAUGUGGCCUAUUUCAUCUGCGUUUCCUGCCUUUGAAAAACAAACACUAAUGUGGAAAAAGAAAAGAAACUUGUCUCCCUCCCCAGCACAUACUCACUGAGCUCGAAGCCGACCCAAGCAAUACGUCCCCCAAUCUCACCUUUGGGCCCGCAACCGAGCGCUGAUGUCAGACUGCUGCUUCACACUGUGACUUCUGCUCGUCAUCGUACAGGAUGGCACAAGGAUCCUAUGUGUUUCCGUACACGAUGAAGGAAAGACAGAACUGCAAGACAAUGAGGAAAUGAAUGUUUGAGACAAAAGAUUUUUUUUGAGAACAUUUUGUGUGUGAAUAUUUGUUUACUGUAGGAGAAUUCAUUAAAAAAAACAUGGAGACUUUGGAGAAG